AUGAAGCUAUCAGUAUUUUUUCGCACUGCACACCUGUCAGUGCUUAUGUACUUGCUCAUGUAUGUGUGCAUAUCCAUGUCUGUAUCGAUGAGAGAACAUAAUGGCAUGUCUCUGCACGCACCGACAAUUGCUGAGAGGAGAAGGGAAUUGCAACAUGGAAGAAAAAAGGCUUAUAUAAUAAGUUUGAAAAAUCAGAGCAUAGAGAAUAAUGGAAUGAAACAGAUGAAGCAUUGUGAAAAAAUAAAAUUAUGUAAGGAGUAUAAUUUUACAGAUAUUAAUAAAAAUAAAAAAGUUAUUAAUGUAGCUAUUUUUGGUAGUACUGGUAGUAUAGGGAUAAACACCCUAAACAUUAUAAGGGAAUGUAAUAAGACAGAAAAACGUUUUAAUGUUGAAGCCUUGUAUGUUAAUAAAAAUGUUCACAAAUUGUAUGAACAGGUACAGGAGUUUUUACCAAGAUAUGUAUGCAUACAUGAUGAAACUAAAUAUGAAGAAAUAAAAAUGUUAUUGCAGAAUGUAAGAAAUUACAAUCCAAUAAUACUAAUGGGUAAUGAAGGGAUGAAAGAAAUAUGUAAAAAUAGCACAAUAGAUAAAAUUGUCAUUGGGAUCGAUUCCUUCCAGGGAUUAUAUUCAACUAUAUAUGCAAUAAAAAAUAAUAAAAUAAUUGCACUAGCCAAUAAAGAAUCAAUUGUAUCCGCUGGAUUUUUUUUGAAAAAAUUAUUAACAGUUCAUAAGAAUUCUACUAUCAUUCCAGUGGAUUCAGAACAUAGUGCCAUAUUUCAAUGCUUAGAUAAUAAUAAAGUGUUAAAAACAAAGUGUUUGCAGGAUGGAUUUUGCAAAGUAAAUGAGAUAAAUAAAAUUUUCUUAUGUUCUUCUGGUGGUCCUUUUCAAAAUUUUUCUCUUGAUUGUCUAAAAAAUGUAACAUCACAAGAUGCUUUAAAACACCCAAAAUGGAAAAUGGGACAAAAAAUAACAAUCGAUUCAGCAACCAUGAUGAAUAAAGGAUUAGAAGUCAUUGAAGCUCAUUUCUUAUUCGAUGUGAAUUAUGAGAAUAUUGAAAUCGUUGUACAUAAAGAAUGUAUAAUACAUUCAUGUGUUGAAUUUGUAGAUAAAUCUGUUAUAAGUCAAAUGUAUUAUCCGGAUAUGAAAAUACCAAUCCUUUAUGCACUAACCUGGCCUAAUAGAAUAAAAACAGAUUUACCAUCAUUAAAUCUUGCUAAUGUAUCUCCUCUUACUUUUCACAAACCUUCGUUGGAUCAUUUCCCAUGCAUCAAAUUAGCAUAUACUGCAGGGAAAAAAGGGAAUUUCUAUCCCACUGUUUUAAAUGCUGCUAAUGAAGUAGCCAAUAAUUUUUUUUUAAAAAACAUGAUUGGUUAUUUUGACAUUUCCACGAUCAUAUCAAGUGUUCUCGAAUCUUUCAAUCCUCAGAAAGUUGAGGAAAACUGCGAGGAUUUAAUGAAACAAAUUUUGGAUAUACACAACUGGUCUAGAAGUAAGGCCAUCGAUGUGUAUUCCAAGAUGGGGAAGUAA